AUGUCUUCAACACAUAUACCAAACAGUCCCCAAGCUUCUCCUCUCAGUAAAGGCUCUGAUAUCAAGUGUGUCCAAACCACCAAAGGAUGGGUCUGCGCUCUUUGCUUUCCUCUUAGACAUCCUAGCCGUGCCCUUGAGCGCGUUCUAAGCCUUGUUGAGCUCAAGAGUCAUGCAGCCGGUACUCAUUAUGCUUCUCUUGGAGAACACGAGUGGGAGAACUAUGUCAAUCAGUCUGUUUACUACGAGGCUCAAUUCAGAGGUCAAAGUAAUGUCGGUUUGAACGGCGGUGUUAUGCAUGGUCCUCCUACCAUUGCUUCUCAAAAGACGAUUGCCAACAAACCUGGUGUUCUAAAGCGCAAGUACGUUAAAAAGGCCAAACCUGCAGCUGAGACUUCUUUUGAUCUUAUGGAAACUAUGAUCAAUUUCGGUGAAAGGGAUUCCAAAGAUAUGAUCAAAGGUUUUGCUUCUCCUGGAGGCAAUCAGGAUGGAGACAGCGAGAUGAAUGAUGUUGACUCUGUAUCGACAACCCUAAAAGCUUAUACUGGUUCCUUCUCCAAUCCAUCUACUGCUCAACCUCAACGUUUCAUGCACCCAAUGAAUACAGCACAUCUUGCAGAAUCACCAGCUUCCUUACAGACUAGCACUGAUUCUUUUUAUAAUCAGUUUGUUGCUCGAAACCAAUCCAGCAUACAUUCUAUGGACGUAUCUCAGAUUAACACAACUAAAACUACUCCUCACACUGGCAAUGUCUCCUACUGUAACACAUCUGUUGCUAACUAUGGCAUGCAUCAAAUGGGUGUGUCCAAAAUGGGUGCAUCACCAAUCAACACACAGUCUGGCAUCAGUUCUCUCAACAAUCCAUCUACUAACCGCCAAUUCGGUAUGGAUUCAAUGGAUAUAUCUCAAGAUACCUCAUCACCGAGCAAACCAUCUCGCAAGAAGGCUGCUGCCUCUAAGAAUCCUCUCCGUCAACGCUUAAGCGAAAAUCCCUCAUUCGAGUCCGCCGUCUCUGUUCAUGGUCUUGCUCGAGUUCAAGCAGCGGGUAAUGCAGGUCUCCAAAGAUGUCUUGAUAGACAAGCUCGUGGUCUUCCACGCACAUCUAACAUUCCGCUCUCAUUGAAUUCGUCUCCUCCUCGUAAUAGCACUAUGGGUCUUCCCCUUAGUGCUGCUAAUUACGCUGCUGCUGGUAUGCCAAAUCUCCAUGUUGAGAAGGCUAUGAGACAUACCAAGAAGGCUGAUCGUCGUCGUCAAGUAUCUCUUUCUCUCAGUAACACUGAUGUGGAAGACAACAUAACAGCUUCCGCUGACCCUCUUCCAACCAAUCCCUCUCUUAAUGAUUUUGGAGUUCCAGCUGCUAUCUUUGGACAAGCUCCUGCUGCUAUUUACAAAUCUCAUACAUACAAAUCUAUCUAUGCCGAGUCGAUUCCUCCUAAGGAACAUCCUCCUUCUGGGUCUUCCUUUUUCGACUUCGCCUUCUCCAAAAUGUCACAGCUUCAUACAAACAAUGACGUUAUUCAACAGGAUCCUUCAUGUCAAGUAGGAACAAUUGGACUGUUUGAUCAUGGUCAAAACACUGAAUUCACGGACUCUUUCGUCUCUGGUAUCCUGGACGAAACCUUCGGAGCUUACAGUAGCGGGCACCAAAACAUCACCAAACAUUCCGGACGCAAUAUAUCCCGCACUUUAGAGCCAGAUCAGUUGCUUAAUGAUGUGGGCCUUGAUGGUAUUUCCGAAGUCUUCGACUUUAAUGCAUUUGUCGCCGACCCCAACUACAACACUGACGACAAUUCAACUGUCGACGAUACGAUCCCACAACAGAACACAGGUACCUUCAAUGUGUCCUUCGCCACCUCUGAUAUCCCAGAGCAAAGCCCCGCCCCACAACACAAUACAGCUAAAUUCGACGACUUCUUCUCCGCAGCUGGAAUUCCUAAGAAACAUGACUCUGAACUUAACGCUAUGUUCGGCUUUGGUAAUCCAUCUUCUCCUACAAAUACAACUCAUAAUUUCGAAAUCUUCCAUACUGCUUCUUUGGAGUAUGGUGCUGCGGGUCUAGAAGCUGUCAAGGCUGCUCAAGCUGGUGUUUCUGCUGGUGAGCCCUUAUCUCCAUCUAGUUCGACCGGUUCUUUUCCUGUUAUUGUAGAUUUUUCUACUUGUACUAUGGGGGCUCUUUCUUCUUUAGCUGAAGCUUCUGCGGCGGAUGGUAAUGCUGUUCAAGUUCCUGAGGAUCUUUCCCCAGUUACGUCGACCCCUUUAUCUCCUGUUGCUGAGUCUUGGUCUCCGGUUGAAACUCCUCGGGGUAUCGAGUCUCCUGCUAAUACUAAUACUUCUACACAUCUGAAUGCUAGAUCCAGUGCUACAAUCGAGCGGCAAGUUUCUGAGAUUAAGAAGUUAACAGAUCAACUUGCUCAGCGAAAUUCCAAGAUAGCAGCUAGCACUACCACGAAAUAG